CACACACACACAUACCCACACACACCCUCUUUUGAACUUUGACCCUGAAAAAUCUGCCACAGGAGAAUGAUAGGCAUCUGAGCCUGCUGGCAUGCCUUCGCCGCGUACCUUAUUUAUGAAGUCAGGGUGCCCUGGGAGGGAGGGACUUAAAACACAGAGAGAGAGAGAGAGACAGACUAUGUGUGAGAUAGAGAGAAAGAGCGAGACAGAGAGAGGUAGUGCGAGACGCAGAAAGAGAGAGGGGGAGGGUGUGCGUGUAAGAGGGAGCGAGAGAACAAGUGGGAGAGAAACCAAAACAGACUGUCAGGAGAGGAAGGGAGGGACGUGUCCGAUCUCAGGGGAGGGAAACAACCGGAGCACAAGACCGAGUGUGCGAGUCAGAGAGAGAGAGGGAGUAGAGGAGGCAGAAGUGAAAGAGUGAGUGAGAGGAGAGUUAAAGAGCAUGUUGCCGUCUCAGAAGGGACUGGUUGAGUAACUCGUGAGUCCGGCGAAGGAGAAGUGAGCGGGAAGAGCGCGGUCACGUCACGGGCAGCGGCAGGCACCACCUGGGUCUUGGAUUACAGGAGCACUUUACUGGAGUAACACGCUUACAGUCCGUCCAAGGAAAGGAGAGCAGAGCAGAAGAGAGGAGAGAUAAAGAAAGCGAACAGAGAGAGAGGAAGUCAAGUCAGGAAACCUUUUGAAGUCCCUCUCUGUUGUUGCUUUACCCGUCUCCUGACUUGUCUGUGAGGUGCUGGUUGAGUCGCUUGGUGUCCUCGUGUUUGCUCCCCUCCCUGCCCGCUGCCCCGGCCCCACGCCAGGGCUGCCGGCGGGGCACAGGGGCACAGGGUAACCCCCCCCAACCCCAACCCUAACCCCUCACCCACCCAUCGGGGCAAAGGAUUAUGGGCCAGGGUGCCAGCGCAGAGACAUUGGCACAGCGAUCAUCGGUCCACAAGCAUGAUGAUGAUGGUGACCAUCGGCACAGCAGAGCGGGCAGCGAUGGGGGUAGCGCGGGCGAGAGCGUGGGCCACACAAAGAGCAAGGGCAAGUUCCACAGCCUGGGCAAGAUCUUCAAGCCCUGGAAGUGGAGGAAGAAGAAGAGCAGCGAGAAGUUCAAGGAGACCUCAGAAGUGCUUGAGCGUAAGAUCUCUAUGAGGAGGCCCAGAGAGGAGCUGAUUCAACGCGGCGUCCUCAAAGAGAUUCCUGAAAAUGAAACCAACAAUGCCAACUCCAAGGGUCCAGCCAAGAACGGCCAUGCGGUGGGAGGCGACCGCGACAGAGACCGAGAUCGGGAGCGGGAUCGCGACCGCGACGACCGCUCGUCCGUGUUCGGGGGUUCCGAGCCGCCCCGGGUGAACCCCACCUGGCUGCCCCAGGGCUCCGAGGGCGAGCGCAAGAGCAGCCUGGUGCCGGAGCCCGACCGCCGCAGCCGCGCCCCGUCCGACGCCGCCUCCGAGCGCAAGAGGCGCGCCCCGCCCCUCGACGUGGACGCCCGCACGCGCAUCAACUCCGACCUCAACCUCAGCGGCCGCCUGGCAGCGCCUGACGACAGGAGGACGGCAUCGCUGCCCCGAGGAGCGGCCACGGACGACGGACGCACGAGGAGAGACGAGAGGAAGGAGGACAGGAGAGAGGAGAGGCGAGACGAUAGGAGGGAUGACAGGAGAGAGGAGAGGCGGGACGAUAGGAGAGAUGAUAAAAAGGAGGAGAGGAGAGACUGGAGGGAUGACCGAAAAGAUGACAGAAAGGAUGACAGGAGAGAUGAAAGAAGAGACGACAGAAGAGAGGACAGGAGGGGAGAUGAGAGGAGAGACGACAGAGGGCGAGAAUCGAGGGACGAUCGCAGGGACGACAGGCCGAGGAGAGACGAUCGCGAUGAUCGGGACAGACGAGGGGACAGGAGAGACGAGCGCGCUGACCCCAGAGACAAACGGGACCGCAGGGACGACCGGCCUGAGAGAGACGACAGACGAGACGAGAGGGACAGAGUCAGAGGCGAACGAGAAGAGCGACGGGACGACCGAGACAGGCGAGACGAGCGAGAGCGAGACAGAAGAGACGACGUGGAGAGGAGAGACGAGAACGAACGGAGAGACGAUCGCGACAGAAGGGACUGGCGGGAGGAUCGCGACCGGAGAGAUGAGCGAGAGAGGGAUCGCAGGGACGAGCGAGAGCGCGACAGGAGGGACGAGAGGAGAGACGCGCGGAGGCCGUACUCGGAGAUGGGCGACGUGAGGCCGGGGCUGCAGAAGAGCGCCUCGGAGGAGGGCCAGAGGACCAGGCCCGUCUCGGAGGCCGACCGCCGCGCAACGCUGCCCAGACAGUCGCCCAUCACAGAGGAGAGCCGGCCACCCACAGAGCCCCUUGCUGGCGUGCGCUUCGCUGCCGAGCCUGUGCCGGGAGCCGACCGGGACGGCCAUCAGAAGGAUGACCAACCGCAGCCCCCCAAGCAGGCUAUCCUGCCCCCCAAAUGGCUGAUGGGCUCCUCCUCCUUAGAGCAAGCGGGCACCCCCCCUGGCUCUUCCUCCUCCUCCUCCUCCUCAUCCUCAUCAUCAUCGUCGUCCGCCGCGCCCCCCAUCGCCAAGCCCCCACCUCGCACCGUGUCGCUGCUCAUCCCCAGCGAUACGCCCUCUCUCCCGGUGCUCGUCUCCCCCACCCCUCCAACCCCUCCCCCGCACGCCACUGAUCAGGAUGCUGCCCCCCUUCCCUCCACGGCGCCCGUUCCCGCAGCUGUGCCCGUGCCCGCGCCCCAUGCCAAGCAGCCCCCUGUGCCCCCUCCCAAACCCUCAAACCGUAACAGCAACCCUGCCCUGCUAGCCGCCACCCUGAACCGCCGGCCCAACGUGCGGCCUCCGUUCUGCUGGACCAGCUGGCGCCGCCAGGGUGAGGGCGGGGUCUACCUCUCCCUGCCCGCCUACCUGUGCCGACGCGCCACGCCCACAAACUCCCCAGCUGAACUGUCGCAAGCAGCGGGUGGCGCCAACCUGAUACCCGUGAAGCGUUCCCCGCCCACCCCUCCCAAGAGAACCACCCCCGUCACCAAGCGCCAUGCUGACGAGCAUCCCGUCCCGGCCAAUCACAACGACACCUCCACCUCCUCCUCCUCUGCACCAGCUCCCGCCUCCAGCACAGACGAGUCCAAGGCGGCGUCUGGUGGUCAACAUCCACCUCCCUCCACCCCCUCCUCCCCCCCCCCCCCCCACAUCCCUCCGUCCCCGCCGCGCGUCCACUUCCAGACCCAGCCGCCGCCACAGCAGCCCCCGCCCACGACAACGAAGCCCGUCCCUGCUGCUGGACCCGCCACUCUGCCCCUGCCCCCCCACGUGACGGUGACGACGGACCCCCCCAGCCCCACCACCGAGCCGCCCAGCCAGCCGCCGCUGCACAUCCUGAUCCGGCAGGCGCUGGCCAGCCCCGGGGGCCACACGCUGCCCAAGCCCGACGGCUCGCAGCGCGCCUGCUCGCUGCUCUUCGACAAGCCGCCCGACAUCCUGCUGGAGGCCGGCGGACGACACUCGCUGCCCAUCACCAUCGAGCCCCUCAGACUGCCUGAUGAUGAUGACUUUGACAUGGAGGAGGAGCUUGAGAAGGUUCGCUCUGCGCCGCGUCGGCCCGCCCCUCAGCCCCAGCCGCCCGGCCUGGAGCCGCGCAGCCGGCGGGGCAUCGUGGAGGACCCGCGCGUCUGCGUCAUCCCCGAGGGGGGCACGGGCGGGCACGGGGACGACAGAGAGGAGGACGAGGAAGAGGAGGACGAGGACGAAGAGGAGGACGAGCACAGGGGACACAAGGAGGACGACAGCGACUCGGACGGGCCUAUCCUGUACCGGGACGACGAUGAGGAGGAGGAGGAAGAUGUGCCCAUCACAGGUGGCAUUGCGAGCCGUGUGAAGCGUAAGGACACGCUGGCUCUGAAGCUGGAGCGUCAGCAGCAGCUGCUGCAGCAGCACGAGGAGAGCCAGGGUCACGACAAUGGCAUCUGGAAGAACCGCGAGCAGUGGGAGGCCGUACGCAACAAGAUCGGGAGCACACUCACGCGGAGGUUAAGUCAGAGGCCCACCGCUCAGGAGCUGGAGCAGAGGAACAUUCUACCAGCCAUGAAUGAGGCGGACCGUCGUGCUGAGAGGAGCGAGAUCAAACGCAGGCUCACCAGAAAGUUGUCCCAGAGGCCGACGGUGGCGGAGCUGCUGGCGCGUAAGGUCCUGCGCUUCAACGAGUACGUGGAGUGCGGCGACUCACACGACUACGACCGCCGAGCAGACAAGCCCUGGACCAAGCUCACACCCCAAGACAAGGCUGCCAUCCGCAAAGAGCUCAACGACUUCAAGAGCACGGAGAUGGAAGUCCACGAGGAGAGCAAGAUCUACACAAGGUUCCACCGGCCGUAGAGCGUAACAAACAAACAAACGAACGAACGGUACAUCACUGGAGGGUCAAGGGAAUCCCCCGCCUCUUCAACCCCUGCUGACCCCCCCGCCCCUGGACCAUGAUGACCCCCUUACACCCUGGCCGCCCACCCUGGACUCGCUGCCUCAAAGCCCCCUGGGAUACGAUGGGUCCUCCAACUCCAUGUCCCAUGCUUGCUGAACAGAAAGAAAGAAAGAAAGAAAGAAAGAAAGAAAGAAAGAAAGAAAGAAAGAAAGAAAGAAAGAAAGAAAGAAAGAAAGAAAGAAAGAAAGAAAGAAAGAAAGAAAGAAAGAAAGAAAGAAAGAAAGAAAGGAUGAGACAGAGACAGAAGAGAUGGGAGGGUGGAGGCCAAUGUGUGUCGUGAGGCAAACGGAGCAAUACACAUGGGACGCUCGCGAGCAAGCCGAUCGCCAUCCCGCUCCGUGCGGGUUGGAGGAUCAAUGCUGCCAUGACCGGUUCUGAUUGUCAAUAUGGCCAAUCAGAAAGCACAUCGAGUGGGAAAAAGUUUCCCCAACGUGCACAACGCAAUAAUCAUGGGCAAACUGUGGAGGAGUCCCAAUUGGGUACUGCUACUAUUACCCAAUUGCUGUGAUGAUGUAUGCUGAGGCAGUUUAAGCGCCCCCUGUUUUCUUUAUGCAAGACUGCAUCCUUAUAAGUGGCCUUGAUCUGUUUUAGAUGACCUUUAAUCAUUCACUGUCUUGUCUUGUUGUAUUUUUAUUAUUACUGUGGAAUCUGGAAUAGCUGUGAAGCUGCUUCACAGCGUCGACACUUGCUGGUCUAACCCAGGACUAGUAUAGGGGGAAUGUGACGAGAGUGUUUUUGUGAUUGUAUUAUAUGCAAGUGACUGGUGGUGUGUGUGCGUGUCUGUAUGCGUGCAUGUGUGUAUGCGUGUGUGUG